AUGAGAAAUAUCAAGGAAACGUUUCCGAAGCCAAUCAAAUCUGAACCCUGCCAGAGGGAUCCCAACUUAUGUUGCGAAUAUCAUGGGACUCACAGCCACAGAAAUGGAGACUACCGGCAUCUACAUGAGGAGGUAAAGAACGACCAUCUCACAAAGUUAUUGAGCGACCGAGACAAGAACAAUUACAACCACAACCGGGACAACACAGAACCCACGAAAAUAGAGGAUGACCUUCCUCUGCUAACUAUCAACAUGAUUUUCGGAGGGAACGAAAUCAGCGGUGUAACUUUAUCGGCAGCCAACAAAACAAAGCUAUUGGUGACCCAUAACAAGAGACUCUGGGAAGUCGCUGAAGAUGACAUCACCUUCACGGAGGAAGAUGCCGACGGACUUCUUCUACCGCAUAACGAUGCCCUGAUAGUUUCUCUUAAUGUUCUAGAUUUUAAGAUUAAAUAUGUUUUGGUUGACCCGGGAAACUCAGCCAACUUCAUCCAAUGGAGAGUGCUGGAACAAGCCAAAUUAACAGGAAGUAUCAUUCCGGCAAUAAAGCUUCUCGCCGGUUUCAACCUGAAAAGUGUGACAACCCGAGGAGAGAUCUUACUUCCCACGAACGCCAAAGGGGUUAGAAAGACCACCUUAUUUGAAGUGGUGGAUGGUGACAUUGGCUACAACUUAAUUCUCGGCAGAUCGUGGUUACAUGAAAUGAAGGACGUACUAUUAACAUAUCACCAACUGUUGAAAUUCUCGACUCCAGAGGGAAUCAAACAAAUAAGAAGAGAUCAACUGGCAGCGAAGAAAAUGAACGCAAUGUCAAUUUCUAGCAGUAAAAGAGAGGAACCCAGCAAAUAG